AUGAGAGAUUAUAAAUUGGUUGUUCUUGGAGCCGGCGGUGUCGGUAAGUCAUGUUUGACAGUUCAGUUUGUGCAAGGGGUUUACUUAGAUUCCUAUGACCCGACCAUAGAAGAUUCGUAUCGCAAGACCAUGGAGAUUGAUAAUAAGGUUUUUGAUUUGGAAAUCUUGGACACUGCAGGAGUGGCACAAUUCACAGCUAUGAGAGAAUUGUAUAUCAAAUCUGGAAUGGGGUUCUUGUUGGUGUAUUCUGUCAGUGAUCGUCAGUCAUUAAAUGAGCUGCUCGAGUUACGAGAACAAGUAUUGCGGAUUAAAGAUUCCGAUCGUGUCCCCAUUGUGCUCGUUGGUAAUAAGGCAGACUUACAAGAUGAACGUGUAAUUUCAGUAGAAGAGGGAAUCGAAGUCAGUAGUAAAUGGGGCAAAGUACCAUUUUACGAAGCUAGUGCACUACUCAGAAGUAAUGUCGAUGAAGUAUUUAUUGAUCUUGUAAGACAAAUUAUCAGAAACGAGUUAGAAUCUGCAUCUAACAUCAAUAACAGUCAAUCUAGAAAAUUUAGCCAAGCUCGUACGAUGGGAAGUAGUUCAAUGACAGAACUGGGAAACGACGAUUCAAACCCUUCUCAAGAACGAAAUAAUGACAUUGCGGGUCCAAGUCAAGUUCAACGAUUAGUUUCAAGAGUCCAAACCAAGAAGGAUAUUAGCUCAAAACCAGCAGCUGAUUCAAAUAAACAUGCUAAGAAGAAACGGAAAAAGAGUAAGAAACGGUCUUGUGUAAUAUUAUAA